AUGCAGCUCUUCAGCGAUAUUCACCUCACCUCUGUGUCGCUGACGACUUUCUUCGGAACUCUCGUUGCAGUCGUCUCGAAUGUCGAUUAUAUUGUCGCCCGACUUGACCCGACUCGAUUUGACUCGUUUCGUUUGUGCGCUUUCGGUUUUUCGCGCGCGCUUUGCGGCCGGCCGCGCCGCCAAAAUGAUGAGAAAAUCGCAGGAGUUUUCCAAGUCCAACAGGCGCGAGACAUGCGCAAACGUGGGGCGGCGUCGGCUAUGGCGACGGUCGGACAGAUCUUUUCGUGUCAUCACCGACCAUCGUUUAUUCCGUUCCUGUCGCGAAGUCAGUCACUGGUCGUCACCAGCUGA